CGCAUGCGCGAAGAAGAGCAGGAGCGCAGCCGUAAACACAGCUAUGGCAGCUCAUCUGAAGAAACGAGUUUAUGAGGAAUUCUCUAAAGUUUCUCAGCAGCAGCAGCAGGUGUCUCUUGAGGAGGUUCCAGCGAAAAAGCUUCGACUGACCAAACCCAGUAAAUCAGCCGCUCUUCACAUAGACCUGUGUAAAGCCACCAGCCCCACAGAUGCUCUGCAGUACCUGCUGCAUUUCGCAUGGAAACCUGUGGAGACUGAGAGCGUGGAGGGUGUCGUGCGCAUACUGCUCGAGCAUUAUUACAAGGAGUCAGAUAACUCUGUCAGGCUGAAGAUCGCUUCAUUGUUGGGUUUAUUAUUGAAAUCCCAGGGCUUUGCUCCAGUCUGCGUAGUAGAUGAUGCUAUUAACACUCUCAACAAUGAAAAGUCUCAUCAGGUUCUGGCGCAGCUUCUGGACACUCUAUUGAUCAUCGGCACUCAACUCCCAGACAAGAUCGCUAUCAUUCAGAGACUUAUAGAUGUGGCUUGCAAGCAUCUUUCAAGCACUUAUUUCAGAGUGAGGAAUAAGUGUCUGCAGCUGCUGGGCUGUCUGGGGACGGUUGAUAAACCUCUCAGUAAAGAGACUGAUGCAGGACCCGGAGCACAAACAUCACACGUACGGGAUGUACAGAGUGUGAUCAGCGACUACUUCCAGGACCAGGACCCUCGCGUCCGCACCGCCGCCUUCAAAGCCAUGCUGCAGCUACAUGAAAGAGGGAUAAUUCAACAGACUAUUUAUAACCAGGCCUGUAAGCUCUUGAGUGAUGAUUAUGAGCAGGUUCGUUCAGCAGCGGUGCAGAUGGUUUGGGUUCUGAGCCAGCUUUAUCCUGAGAGUAUUGUUCCCAUCCCCUCCUCCAAUGAGUAGAUCCGACUGGUGGACGACUCCUUCGGGAAGAUCUGUCACAUGGUCUGUGAUGGCUCAUGGGUAGUCAGAGUGCAAGCUGCGAAACUGCUGGGCUCAAUGCAUCAAGUCAGCCCUCAUUUUCUGGAGCAGACAUUAGACAAGAAGCUGAUGUCAGAUCUCAGGAGGAAACGUACUGCUCACGAACGAGCAAAAGAACUGUACGCUUCUGGAGAGUUCUCAUCUGGACGGCGAUGGGCCGAUGACGCUCCUAAAGAGAAAGUCGACACUUCGGGUGUAAAUCUUAUCGACUCUGGAGCCUGUGGGGCUUUUGUUCAUGGCUUGGAAGAUGAGAUGUACGAGGUGCGUAUUGCUGCAGUAGAGGCGCUGUGUUCCCUCGCCCAACCCUCACCCAGCUUUGCAGAAAAGUGUCUUGACUUCCUGGUGGACAUGUUUAAUGAUGAAAUCGAGGAGGUGCAGCUACAGUCCAUCCACGUGUUGCGGCAGAUCUUGACUCAUAUCACGCUCAGAGAAGACCAGCUGGACACUGUCCUCGCAGUACUGGAGGACUCAUCGCGGGACAUUCGCGAGGCCCUGCAUGAGCUGCUCUGCUACACUAACGUGUCCACUAAAGAGUGCAUCCAGCUGGCCCUCGUGGAACUCCUGAAGAACCUCACCAAGUACCCGACUGACCGCAACUCAGUCUGGAAAUGUUUGAAGUUCCUCGGUGCUCGACACCCGACCCUGGUGCUGCCGAUUGUCCCUGAGCUGCUGAGCACACAUCCGUAUUUCGACACCCCAGAACCAGACAUGGACGACCCUGCCUACAUCGCUGUUUUAGUUCUGGUCUUCAACGCAGCCAAAUCCUGUCCCACCAUGCCAGCACUGUUCUCAGAUCACACGUUUAGGCACUACGCCUACCUGCGUGACAGCUUGUCCCACCUGGUACCACACCUCCGUGUGCCAGGCAGAAAGCAGACUGCUAGUUCAGGUCUGGAGGCGUCCGGCGUGGGAUCAAGCAGCCUGGAGUCGGCACAGAACUUCCUUCAGGACAGUCUCAUUCGGGUCAGCGCCCUUCAGAACCUGGAAACACCUGGUGCUCAGGAUCUGCUGGAGUUUACCAUCAGAGAUCUGCAGCGGUUGGGGGAGCUCCAGACGGAGUUGGCUGGAUCUGCAGAUUUCUGUGCCACAUACCUGCACUGCCAGCUGCUGCUUACCAAAGCACUUCAGGAGAAGAUAUGGACCAUGGCUGUGCCACUUUGUCUUAAACAGAACGCCAAAGUUUCAACAGCCGCUCGACAAAUCCUGGAUGAGACCUAUAAGCUGGAGUUCUUGUACAGCGGUCUGGAGACGCAGCAGAUCGCCGCUAUUCACAACGUCCGGCUGCAGGCGAAAGCGUUACAGCUCAUCCUGACGGCCCGAUCCAAACGAGGGGUUGACUGUGUACUUGGUGUUUGUGAGAAGUUCCUGCAGGAUGUGGAGUCAUUUCAGAGACAUUUCAUGACAGAGUUGCCCCAUUUCCAGGACAGUUUUGUGGAGAAACUCCUGGAGUUGAUGCCCAGGCUGACGGCCUGCAAGCCUCUAGAUCUGGUUAAAAUCCUUCAGACCACACUGCGGCAAAGCAAAUUCAUCCAUCUCAAACUACCCGAGCAGAUCCACAGAGCGUCAGCGACAAUUAUUGAGCCGACGGGAGAAUCAGACAACCCUUUGAGAUUCACCUCUGGGCUGGUAGUGGCGUUAGACAUCGAUGCUACUCUUGAACACGUACAAGAUCCACAGACAACAGUCAAAGUGCAGGUGCUGUAUCCAGAUGGACAGUCUCACAUAAUCCACCCCAAACCUGGAGAUUUUAGGACCCCAGGACCUGGACGUGUGCGACUGAUCACACAGGUUUAUCUCUCUCACUCUGCCUGGACAGAGGCCUGUCAGAUUGAGGUGCGGUUGCUCCUGGCCUAUAGCUCCAGCAGCAGUAAACCAUCUGCCUCUAAACCUGCGUGGAACGAGAGUAUGGACGGCCUGGCCACCAGCGAGAGCUGUAUCGAGGGCACAAUCCACCUCAGCAAGCCCGUCAAAGUCUUCAUCAUGCCCAAACCAGCUCGCCGCUGACCCGAGGAAUCCAGGCAGUAUAUAUGUGAAAUUAACAUCCAACACAAAAUCAAGUGUUUUCACAAUUAUGUUUUAUCUGAAAUAAAUGUUUGUUUUUUGUUGUAGUUCAGUUGUAUCACUGUUGUGUAUGUGAUAAUGGGGUAUUUUCACAGCCUACAUUCAAAGAAUAAUCAUUUAAUGAUUAUAAAGCAAAUAACAUUUUCACCAAAGG